UGCAAGCUCAAAAAAACUUUCUUCCUCUAAUGAGCUCGUCUGACCAUAGGCGUGAAGUUGUGAGACCAGCUGGCGAAGAAACUAUAGAUCUAACCUGUUCAGUUUGAAUACAACGUUCGUGGUAUCACACACGCAAGUAAGAAGAAGUACGAAGAAAAGGAAGAGAACGCGCAGGCAUGCAGUAGACAUGCCAGAGCGAAUCGACAAGUAAUUCUUGUAAUUUUCGCAAACUGCCCUGCAUCAUGAGGCGGCUACAGUCGCUCCAAAGUGUCUUGCCACAGGCAUUGCUUGUCCUGUACUUAUUUUUUAAGGCUUCACAUGAGGACUCACACUGCUCCUGUACAUAUAAAAUACAAACCAUUUCAACAGUAGCUGUACAGUUUGCACCAGUACCUUUUAUCAAUUGUUCAAGUGACAAUUUCACCAUGGAAGCCAAAAAUGACAACAUUACAAUACAUAAUUUAACACCAGGACAAUCAUAUAUCUUCAAUAUAUCCUGUGUGGUCCCAAACGGAGCUAGCCCUGUUGUCUGCUGUUUAAAUUUUACAACGGUGCCCAAUACCAUCAGCAACCUCACUGUCACAAAUGUCACAAGCUCCUCUGUGUCUCUAAGCUGGACUAAACCACAGGGAGAGGUCUCCGGCUACUUAGUAACCUGGAAUGAUGGCUUUGUGAUAAAGAAUACAACAGCAAAUGGAACAUCCUUACUCAUAACUAAUCUCGCUGCUGCAACUCAGUAUAUAUUCUCAGUCACGGCAAUCGCUGAGGAUGGAAUAACCGGAGGGGAUCCUAUUAAGAAGUCACAAUACACAAGGCCUGAUGUCAUCAGGAGCCUCACUGUCACAAACGUCACAACCUCAGCUGUGUCUCUAAGCUGGACUGAGCCACAGAGAAAUAGCUCUUUCUAUAGAGUAAACUGGACUGAUGGUUCCAUAACUAAGAGUGACACAACAAAUGAAACGUCCUUUAUUGUAACUGGUCUGACUGCUGGAACUCGGUAUGAAUUCAGAGUCACUGCAGUGGCUGCAGAUAGGCUAACUGAAGGAGAUUCUGUCAAUAACUCACAGCACACAAGGCCUGAUGUCAUCAGGAGCCUCACUGUCACAAACGUCACAACCUCAGCUGUGUCUCUAAGCUGGACUGAGCCACAGGGAAAUAGCUCUUUCUAUAGAGUAAACUGGACUGAUAGCUCCAUAACUAAGAGUGACACAACAAAUGAAACGUCCUUUACUGUAACUGGUCUGACUGCUGGAACUCGGUAUGAAUUCAGAGUCACUGCAGUGGCUGCAGAUAGGCUAACUGAAGGAGAUUCUGUCAAUAAAUAUCAAUUCACAAGGCCUGAUGUCAUCAGGGACCUCAUUGUCACAAACGUCACAACCUCAGCUGUGUCUCUAAGAUGGACUAAGCCACAGGGAAACAGCUCUUUCUAUAGAGUAAACUGGACUGAUAGUUCCAUAACUAAGACUAGCACAACAAAUGAACCAUCCUUUGCCAUAACCAAUCUGACUGCUGGAACUCAGUAUGUAUUCAGUGUCACUGCAGUGGCUGUAGAUAGCGUAACUCAAGGAGAUUCUGUCAUUAAGUCACAAAACACAAGGCCAGAAAAAGUGGGAAAUAUCAAGCUUCUAUAUCAGGAAAACAGCACCUUGGGGGUUUCUUGGAGCCUGCUGCAAGGGAACAUCAGUUUUUAUUCAGUGCGUCUGAUCGAAUCGAACUUUAAACAAGAUUUUACAUACAAUCAAACCACCAUAGGGGCAAAUUUUACUGGAUUAUAUCCUGGAAGACUCUACAACCUCACAGUGAUUUCAGUUUUCGGAUCUUUACAAAACGCAGCUGACACCCUUCAAUUUGCUACCAAACCCAACCCACCAAGACUCAAUAAGACGGCAAGGACAAAUCAAUCCAUCUCCAUCACUUGGGACUAUCCUUUUUCUAUGGAUGGAGUUACUGGAAUCAGCUACAUAAUUUACUGGCUAAACCAGACUGAGUGGAACACGGUCAGCACUCUCCAGAACAGCACUACGAUCUCUUCUCUGGCCUCUGGAACUAAGUACAGUAUAUCAGUGGAGACCGUAGGGCCACAGAAACUACGCAGCAUAAAAGUCAAUCUGACUGAAUACACAAUACCCAAUCCUGUGAUAAAUCUAAAAGCCAGCUGCCUGUCAGUCAACUCUGUAAGACUUGAGUGGACGAGCCCCAUAGGUGCUCAGUCUACUUACACUUACAGAGCCCUGAUCAGUGGCCCCUCUGAUCUUGAAAAAAACUACACCAGCCAGACAAACAAUAUUACUAUAGGUGACCUUGCAGCAGGAACAAGGUACAACUUCACUGUUACAACGGUCAUAUCUAAUGAUAUAAGUUCCCCGUCUGAAUUCACAUUUUGCUACACAAAACCUGAGACUGUUAAUGGUCUUACUGCCGAAGCUGUGAACAAAACAGCAAUUAACAUCACAUGGAAUCGACAAGACGACUACAAAGACACCUACUCCUAUCAGGUGUCCAUCUCUCAGGCCGGUUCUUUGAUACAGGGAAAGAACACCUCAAGUCAGAGCAUAAUCAUCAGCAGCCUCAGCCCGGGCAGUAACUACACAUGCAGCGUUACCACAGUGGUGAAUGACGUUCAGUCCGAUCCAGCUACUACAUCUGUCUUCACAAAACCUGGAGGAGCUGCAAACAUAAAGACUGUGGGGAACACAACGAGCAUGACUGUGACCUGGGACAGUCCCACCGGCAACGUGACCUCCUACAAUAUUAACAUCUACAACAAUGGACAGCUGAAAGACAACCGAACUGGGGUCUCCAAUCGAAUUGUUGUAUUUUCGAACCUGAGGCCGGGGCAGAUUUACACUGUUAAUGUGGUAACCAUCAGUGGACCUUUCCAGGAGGGCUCCGAAACAGUUGUAAAUGCAACCUUUCCAAAUCCACCGGGAAAAAUUCAAGUACAAAAUCAGACUGCUAAUUCCAUUGAUGUCAGCUGGAUCAGGCCCACUGACAUGGACUUGAGUCAGUACAACUUCACCGUAUACGUUUCUGGCCGCCAACUCAUGACCACUGAGAACUGGAUCUAUGUGGACAAUCUGACAUCAGGAACCAUCUAUAACAUCUCAGUGGCAACCGUGGGACCAAUGGGGUAUCUUAGUACACCAGUCUCAAUAAGUAGCUCAACCAGACCCUAUUCUGUUAGCCAGCUGAGGGAUGCAGGAAUCACAACCUCUAACAUCUCGCUGGUCUGGGAUCAGCCUGAACCACAGGAGAGUUAUAAAUAUAUUGCUAUUGUGGAAUAUCCCAACAACAAUCGGACUCAAUUCAUCACACAAAACACCAGUGCUAUUAUACAAAAUCUCCAGUCGGGGAGCGGUUACAAUUUUACUGUCAUGACUCUGGCAGCGAGCAACACCACAGCUGCCGCAGUAACAAUCACUUUAUUCACAAGACCCUAUGGCAUUGGCACAUUACAGGCCGACACACUCAACACAACUGCAGUGUUUCUAAACUGGACCAAACCGCAGGAGUACCAAAACGGUUACACUUACAGAGUCGAGGUCUCUGGGUGCACAGAUGCUCCAGAGAACCAAAUGGUGAAAACAGAGAUGGCCUACGUUACUGAUCUGAGACCAGGGACCAACUGCUCCUUCACCAUUUACUCCCAGGCAGAGAAUGGCAUUGAAGGACAACCAGUUCAAACCUCCAAGUACACAAAGCCUGAGAAAGUGAACCCCACUGUUUCAAAUGGAGGCACGAAUAAUUCCAUCACCGUGACAUGGGACUCUCCUGUUGGCAAUGUAGAAAAGUAUGUAGUUGCCCUGACUGGUGGUAAUGAGAACACCUCAAAGGAACUGAACUCCAGCGCUCGGACGUGUGUUUUCCCUAACCUGAUGGCGGGAAGAAUCUACACAGUCACGCUGACAACGUACAGCGGGCCCUUCACUCAACAGUCAGACUCAAUCUCAAACGCAACCUAUCCAAACCCACCAGGAGACAUCAGGAUAAAAGACCAGACCGUCAGGUCCAUCUCCUUAGAAUGGGUUGGGGCCACUGGGAUGCCCACUGGCACUUUUAACUACACUGUGACCUAUCAGUCAACCAUAUCCGAUAGCAAGUUCUGGGUCACCUCAAGCAACACUGCAUUCCUGCCUGACCUGGUGUCUGGAACGCCAUACAACAUCUCUGUGUCUACCGUUGGACCGAUGAAAUUCACAAGUGCACCAGUCUGGAAGCUUUUGGUCACAACUAGACCAGAGAGUGUCCAAUCCCUUACAGUGGACUCAACAUCGGUUGAAGAGAUUCAUCUGAAAUGGGAGAAACCUGUUGAUUAUAAACCGGGAUACUGCUACAGAGUGGUGAUAAUGAACAACACAAACAACAUCACAGAUGUGACAAAAGAUGAAUAUUAUCAAGUCAAGAAUCUAAUUCCUGGCUCCCACUACAAUUUCACUGUAAUAACUCUGGCAUCUGAUAAGACAGAGGGAACACAGGUAGCCAUUUCUAACUGUACAGAUGCUGCUCCAGUCAGUGAUCUGCGCUGCCAGGGACCAAAUCGAACUGAAGCUGUGCUCACCCUGUCCUGGGGGAGCCCUUGGGGUUCCAACGAGGGUUUUGAGAUUGAAACAGAGGUUGUCUCAGAGAAAAACAUUCCAACAUGCAGUGGCAGCUGUGUCCACAACAUUACAAAUCUCUCCUACAACACGGAGUACAAUGUGAGCAUCCGGACUAAGGGCUGUGGGAGGAGCAGCAGCGUCACUGUGGUGGCCUGUAAGACCGGUAUCACAGAUCCACCGGUGCCAAAUACAAAAACACACGUGUCCAUUACUGAACAGGAAUAUAAUAAAUUUACAUUGGAAAUAAGCCCCAGCCUCUUCAACGACACCAGCGGCCCGAUCAUUAAUUAUGGUAUACUAGUGACAUCCAACGUGAAUAGUCUGCCUGGUGAAAAAAAAUCUUUACCGCAGUACUUAAACAAAACCUACGAGGACUGGCAAGCUGGUAAUACAGUGGUGUACCUGGCCGUUGUGAGGUCUGCUGAGGUCAUAAGCCGUAAUGCUGGAAAUGGACCUGUUGUUGUCAUAGGUGAUGGAACUACAUGGAAUGCAUACAAUAAUGGACCGCUGAAAACAUCAGGAAGUUACAGUUUUGCUGUUGUCACAUUUACCCAUCUGGAAUUAGCCAACGACCUCGUGAGCAUUUCAAAGUCUUUCUUUGCUAUAUCACCUUUUUAUCCAGGAGAAAUACAGCUACCAAUAAAUCCAGCUGUCAUUGGUGGCGCUGUGGGCGGAUCACUGACGGCUCUACUCCUCAUACUUAUCUUUACAGUCGUCGCUGCUGUCUGCUGGAAAAGACGUUCCAAAGAGGAAGAAGAAGUCCCUAUUCACUCCAUAAGAGCAAAAGUUAGUGUACCCAUAAGAGUGGAAGACUAUGAAUCAUACUUCAGGAAGCAGCGAGCCGAUUCCAACUGCGGCUUUGCUGAGCAGUUUGAGGACCUGAAGCCUGUGGGUGUGACCCAGGCCAAGGUCAGUGCCCUGGCUCCUGAGAACAAGGCAAAGAACCGCUACAACAACGUGUUGCCCUAUGAUUAUUCCCGUGUCAAACUGUCAGUCCACGGAAGUCCGUAUGAUGACUACAUUAAUGCCAGCUACAUGCCGGGAUACAAUUCAAAGAAGGAAUUCAUUGCUGCCCAGGGUCCUUUACCCUGCACAGUGAAUGAAUUCUGGAGGAUGAUCUGGGAGAAGAACGUUCACACUCUGGUCAUGCUGACCAGAUGCAAUGAGCAGGGCCGGGUGAAAUGUGAAGAAUACUGGCCAUCUGGGACCAAACAUUUCAACAAUAUAACUGUGACAAUGACUUCUGAAAUCCCUCUGGAGGACUGGACUAUACGGGACUUUAGUGUCAAAAAUGUCAAGACGGCAGAGACUCGCUCCCUGCGCCAUUUCCACUUCACGGCCUGGCCGGACCACGGAGUGCCAGAAACCACAGAGCUUCUAAUCAACUUCAGGCACCUGGUGAGGGAGCACAUGGACCAGUACUCCCGCAACUCACCCGCUGUGGUGCACUGCAGUGCUGGAGUGGGGAGGACAGGAACUUUCAUUGCCAUUGAUCGCCUGAUCUUCCAGAUAGAGCGAGACGGUGUGGUGGAUGUGUAUGGGGUCAUCCAUGAUUUGCGCAUGCACAGGCCUCUCAUGGUCCAGACUGAGGACCAGUAUGUGUUCCUAAACCAGUGUGCCAUGGAUAUUAUCAGAUCAAGGACUGGGACCAAUGUGGAUCUAAUCUACCAGAACACAGCAGCACUCUCUAUUUAUGAGAACUUUGAACCCAUGAAGAAGUCAAAAAAUGGCUAUCACAAUGCCUAGCCAAUAGUCCUGUCAAUUUGCACUGCAGUUUUAAGUCUACAAAUGCAAAGAAGAUGGCUCCUUAUUAUUUCAGAAAAGGGAAACGCUUGCACAAAUGCAGAUUAUAUUUAUUGAACUACUGCACUGGAGAUUACAGUCUAUUUUGACAAGUAUUUUGAUAUUUCAGAUCAUUUCAUAGCAUUUAUAAAUAUAAAUAUGAUCAUUUUAAUAGUUAAAUCAAAGUGACUAGAUGGUUGGCUUUACACCUCUGUUGAAAGUCUGGUUCAUGAUUAAAAACCUCUGACACAUUCCAGUUUAUUAAGUAGACUACUAAAAUGGUACUGUAAAUAUAUGCUUGAUUUCAAUGUGUGCAAUAUAUUAAGUUAUCUACCUGUAAAUAUUCUAUUCUGCUGCAAAAAUACAGUUCUGCAAAAGCUUAGUUUGCAAAGAUAUUUUUCUCAGGAUGCAUUUUCUGUUUUUUCCUGCCUACCAUUGAAUUUUCCAUGCCUCUGUUUAAAAAGGAUUGUCAAGGAUGCUGUUAACACAGUCAUGCUGGCAUGGAUCUGUACCUGUGUGAGAUUAAAUUAUAUUUAAUUUUCAGUGCUUUCCAAGGUCAGCACUUAAUUUCAGUUAAACAUAUAAACAUUGCUACUCUGCACUGUAACCUGCUCUGCACUACACUCCUGGCAGACAUCCUGUCGUUACCCUUCUGUAAGUGUGCAGUGUUGCUGCUGUUUUUUUUUCAUGAAGGCUCCAUCAUAACCAUUCACUGAAAACCAAGCCAAACCAGGGUCGGGUGUCCUAAAAUACUGUCUGAGUGGAGGAAAGUGAUGUCAAACCAUAUCAAGAAUAGAGGAAGCUAUUCAAAAAGCACUGUCAAAAAGCACAUUUCCAUUUCUACUAGUUGGCAUAGCCCACGAUAGCUGAGGCUAAAUAAAGAAAAUAGACUAAAAUCAAUACUGAAGUGGACAGUUGAGUGAUUACACUGUAUGUUUCAAAUAUAAUAUUAUCAAUAUACAAAAUUUACAGGCUAUUUUUUUUUUGUGGUGGUAAAUUGCUGAUAAAACUGACAGCUCCGUUUCACAUGUAUGCGCUGGCUGCAUUUAUUUUUAAGCUUUUGUUCUUUGCCAUUAUUAGACUUUUAUUGUGGUUUGAAAUACAGAACUAUGAGAAUGUCCAUAAGCAAUGACUAUUACAUGCUGUUCAAAUAUUAUUCCACUUUGUGUGAUAUCACAUUGAUAUCUGACAUUGUUUAUUGUGAACAUUUCAAUGUGUGUGUCAUGAAUUGAAACUGUUUUGAAGGAGAGCUAACCCAUCAAUCAUACAGCAUUGCAUGAUUGUGACAGGAGGAAGUGGGACGUUAUUACAUAUUUAACCCUAGGGAAUCUGUAUAUCUGGAUGUAAGUCUAUGCUGGACCCUUUGAGGGAGAGGGCCAUGGCUGGCAAAGUUGAAAACUUUUGAGAUAGGGAAUCUGUAUAUCUGGAUGUAAGUCUAUGCUGGACCUUUGAGGGAGAGGGCCAUGGUUGGUAAAGUUGAAAACUUUUGAGAUUGGAAUCCUGUCUGGCCACCAUUAAGUGAAUUAAGACAAGUCAGUAGACAGGAUCCAUAUUCAGAAGCCGCCAUCUGAAAACAGUAGACUACCAAACGAAUUUUUGCCAUGUUAACAACUGCUGUUAGAGUAUAGCACUGUCGUUCAUGGUCUUGUGGGUUCCAAUCCAUAAGAUGCUUGCUGUUUAUAUUCAAUCAAAAUAAAAUGAAGAAAUGAAGAAGAAAACAUCUUUCCAAAGUGACAUCCGCCUGAAUAUUGUGGACUCUGCUUCUGCUGUGUUUUUAAAACAGAAACCUUUAGUAAGUUGUUUCACCAAAAACGGUAUGUAAAAUUGGUCUUAUGGUAAGAUUUCAAAAUGUCCUUUUUUUUUUAAUUGUCUGUGGAGUUAAAUUUUGUGAGUCAGGGUCUGAUUUUAUUAUUAAUGAAAGAAAAUGUACUGCCAAACUUGCUGAACAUAUGACUUUCAAUGUAGGUAAUAUUGCUUUGAGCUGGAUGCCACUUUAAAUUGUAUUGCUGCAUUUGUACAGUAAUGAGAACUGUUAAUGUUGUUCCUUUGAAAGCUGAAAGCACUUAUUUCAACUGUGGCUUUACUACUGUUUAUAAAUCUGAGAUGCUAGAUACUACUAUGCCAUUUUUGUAAUCUUAAUAUAAUUCUGUAGAACAUGUAUUAUUUUGGCAGGUAACAUGUGAAGGGAAAUAAUUUUUAUAGUGCCAGCAAUGUUUUAUACAACUGUAUACAGACUGGGAUUAAAGAUAUUGCACUUUAAAA